GCAUGCGCGGCGCCGAGUUCGGCUUCUCCCCUUCACUCCCCCUUUCAUCAUGGCGGCAAAAUCAGGCUGUGUUUCUCAAGACGUGUGAGCCUCACCAGAGUGUGUGCGUGCUGUAAGCUCGUCUGUUGGCCAGCGUGAGGGCGUGUUCUCUGUUUAACCGAGCUCUGUCGCGCCUUGCUGGGCUGCUGCUUUUACGGACUGACGGGUUACGGGAGACACCUUGGCUGGUUAGCUGACAGAGGCCCGUAAGGUCUCUCACCGAGGUCGCCCCUCAGGGUCAAAGACGGCUGUCUCCUGCUGCAGCGGGACGGGGAGGCACAGUUAGUGCGGGCGUGCCGGCCCGCCUGCGGCGCCAUGGACAGCUUCCUGGAGGAGGAGGAGGAGGCGGCGGCGGCGGCGGCGAAGAGCCUUGAGGCCCCGGCGAGGAAGGCCCUGCUGCCGUGCCUACACCUGCCUUUCUUGCCGCCGCACCUCGACCGACCGGCAUCUUCCCAUGAAUACAAAUUAAACUUCAGGAAGAGCAAGGAAGCGUGUUUACGUUACAUUCAGGACGCCAUGCUACAGAAGCAGUGGAAAAGGGCUGCAGAAUUUCUGACCUUCUACAUUGAGUCACUGGAGAAAGACUUUUCUAGAGAAUACAUGGGUCCGUCAGAGAUUAUUUGGAGAAUAGGAACUGAAAUCUUGUGCCAUCAUUCCCAUAGCAGCAUGAGAGAGUUCAACUCUUUCAUAGAACAGAUGAAAACUUUAGGAGUAAAAAGGUAUUUGAAGGUUUGCUUAGAGCAUGUCUUUCAUCUCCUUUGUAAUGGACUAAUAGAUGAAGCUUACCAAAACCUGUCCCUGGCAGAAAGCUGGAGGUUUGGAGAGCAAACAACCAUUCAGGAUAAAGAAAUGAAACUGAUUCAGGCUUACAGGGGACUGUUGGACUACUAUAGCUGGUCUAAGCAGAAGAACAUCCUGUUAGAGCACGGUCAGGACGGAUUUGAAGACUUGUCUGUUGAACAAGAAAUGCACAGUUGCUUUCGCAAGGCAGCGAUGAACUUAAAGGAGAUUAUUAAAAUACCUGGUGUCUGGGAUCUCUUUGUGAAGUGCUAUGUGGAUUUGUUGGAGUUCUAUGGAGACCAUAACGAAGCCCGCCAAGUAUUAAAUGAAUAUGCCUACAACUCAAAGUUUCCUGCUAAUCCCAAUGCUCAUGUUUACCUCUAUCAGUUCCUGAAGAGACAUGGUGAAUCAAAGAAAUUACUCGUGUCUACACUGAAGAUCUUGCACGAUAUUGCUCCUUCUCACGAACUAAUGAUUGAUUUUAAUACCAUGCUUCAAAAAUCAAAGAAAAAAAAAAAACGUAGACUGGGGCUAGAAGUUAUUUUUGCAGCCUUGGAUUAUGCUGGCUGGAAGGAAAAUGUAAAAGCAUGGAGUUGUUUGGCAAGACAGAUGAAACAAAUUGUAAUCUCUGAGAAACAUCUUGACUGGAUCAAGCAAGAGUGGAACUCCAGAAAGGACUGGUGGCCAGCCUUCCAUUUUAGCCGUUACUUGGCAAAAAGGAAUUGGCAGGAAAAUGAAAGCCUUUCAUAUGAAAAAGCUCUAGUGGCUGGAAUUUUACUGGGAAAAGAUUGCAAGUACUUUAAAUAUGUGUCACACCAAGGCUGCAAAGCUCAAGUGAAAAGGUUUCGGUUACUGAAGAAGUUUGUGAAUAGACACAAUCCCGUCUACCUGAGAAUAUCUGGUGUUUUGGAUUCUUCUGUAUAACCUCAAUAAGGUUCUUGUACUUGUUCCUUUCUAUGAAACUGACUUCUGCUUUGAUGCUAUUCUAGGCAGACUCUAUUGACUCAGUACCAGACUUUUUAAAAUAUGUUUCUGUAAAAAUGCUUUGGUUUGUAUGUGUUUUAUAAUAAAAUGAAUAUAAAUCAACUGGGUAAGGUUGAGGCAUUUCUUUAACAUUAGUCCCAUAUUUCUGUGUGAAAUG